CGAGCCAGCGCGGAGCCGGCCGUGUCGUCGCGGCCCGUCUUCGCUUCUUCUCCGUCUCCGGCCGAGCCCGCGCGUUGAGAAGGGCAAGGAAGGGACGCCGACAGACGGGAGACGCGAUGGAUGAAACAAGAUGCUGAAGAGAUCGCCAGCUCUUUGGGAGCUUUGCCCAGGGGCACUGGAGUGUGAAAGGAGCACAAAAUGAAAAUGCUUCCCGGUGUUGGGGUGUUUGGGACCGGGAGCUCGGCCCGCGUGCUGGUCCCUCUCCUGAGAGCAAAAGGCUUCUCCAUUGAAGCUCUGUGGGGGAAGACAGAAGAGGAAGCCAAACAGCUAGCUGAGGAAAUGAACAUUUCCUUCUACACAAGUCGAACAGAUGAUGUUUUACUGCACCAGGAUGUAGAUCUGGUUUGCAUCAACAUUCCCCCACCACUCACGCGACAAAUAGCUGUGAAGGCUCUAGGAAUUGGAAAGAACGUAAUCUGUGAGAAAGCCGCUACCUCUCUUGAUGCUUUUAGGAUGGUCACGGCUGCUAGGUAUUACCCCAAGCUCAUGAGCAUCGUGGGCAAUGCCCUGCGCUUUCUACCCGCCUUUGUCAGAAUGAAACAAUUACUCGACGAGCACUACGUCGGCAGCAUCCUGGUCUGUGACGUGCGUGUGUACUGGGGGAGCCUCCUCAGCCAGAAAUACAACUGGAUUUGCGAUGAGCUGAUGGGUGGGGGCGGCCUUCACACGAUGGGCACCUACAUCAUAGACUUGCUGACCCACCUCACAAGCCAGAAGGCCGAGAAGGUCCACGGGCUGCUGAAAACCUUUGUCAAGCAGAACUCAGCCAUCAGCGGCAUCCGUCACGUCACCAGUGACGACUUCUGCUUCUUCCAGAUGCUGAUGACCGGCGGCAUCUGCAGCACCGUGACUCUGAACUUCAACAUGCCCGGGUCCUUCGUUCACGAGGUCAUGAUCGUAGGCUCCGCGGGCCGUCUUGUCGCUCGCGGGAUGGACUUGUACGGCCAGAAGAACGCAGCGGCCCAGGAGGAGCUGCUGUUGAAAGACUCCCUGAAUGUCCACGCGGAGCUUUCCGAGAAGGAAUUUGAAGACAUCCCUCUUCUGUACCUCAAAGGGAUGGUCUAUCUGGUGCAAGCGCUCCGCCUUUCCUUCCAGGAUCAGGAAGACCAGCGGACCUGGGAUCCCAAACCGGUGGCCAUGGCCGCUUCCUUUGAAGACGGACUCUACAUGCAAAGUGUCGUAGAUGCCAUUAAAAGGUCCAGCAGGUCUGGGGAAUGGGAAACAGUGGAGGAGAUGGUGGAAGAGCCUGAUGCCAAUCAGAACCUUUGUGAGGCGCUGCAGAGAAAUAACUUAUAAUGCAGAUAUUCCUGCAAAACAGAACAAUUGGAAACAGAAGUGGGGUGGAAUGGAAGCAGAGGAAAGGGAGAAGGGUAUCUGUGUGUGAAGGGUUUUUAAUCCGGGAGAAUUUUAAAUGUGGCAGGUGUACGUGUCUUUGGUUACUUAAAUUUAAUAACUUGUGUAUUGUUAUGAAAACUUGAAUUGCCAGUUGCACUCAGCGGACAAGGGCUCUGACCCCCACCCCCAAUUCCCAAACAAGAGCUUUUGGGAUGCAAAACUCUCUUCUCCGCCCAGCUCACGUAUUAAUGCAAGUUGAACAUAAUUGGCAUGUAGUGCUUGAGAACGCCGAUCGUUGUUUUUAAAAUAGGAAUUGGAAGUUGUUGAGUUUUUUUUACAGCUCUUUUGAAUGGGAAACAGCUUCCCCAAAGGAAUAUAAGGAGUCAGAUCUUUAGAACUGGUUUUCAAAGAGGAUUAGAAGAAUCAGAAACAGGUGUCUCAUGGCAGAUACACAAUUUUUUGCUACAAUUCAGGGACAAACCGGUAAAGAUGAUGUUCGCGCCUUGGGUUUCC